AUGGCAACUCCCGAAGCGCCUAUGAUCACAUACCAGGCCAAUUGCCACUGCGGAAAAACGCGAUUCACGGCGGAACUGCCUGAUAUUCGUUCCUCCAAAGUGAUCCGCUGCAACUGCUCGAUCUGCACGAGAAACGGAUAUCUGCUGGUGUACCCGAAACGAGAUGACGUCAAAUUUCAGUCGGGAUGGGACGAAUUAUCGUCAUAUCGCUUCGGCAACAGUCUGAAAUCUCAUAGGUUCUGCUCGAAAUGCGGUACAAGCGUGCUGAUCGAUUUCUCCGAGUCGGAUCGUCCUAUUGAGAGGGAAGUCGUUGCUGUCAAUAUCAGAACCUUCAAAGAAAUCGAGGAAGUCUUUAGUGACUUGACGUUCAAGGACGUGGAUGGAAAGAAUAAACUUGGGCCGCCCUACCAGAUUACGGAAUAG